AUGGGGGACAUCAGCUUCAAUAAUUUAUCUGGACCUCUCCCUAAGGAGCUUGGAUCUUGGGCCAACAUAGAAAGAAUGCUACUUUCCUCAAACAACUUUACCUGGGAGUUGCCAGAAACAUUUGCAAUGCUUACCAAAAUAAAGGAAUUUGUUAGUGACAGUCACUUUUCCGGGCAGAUACCUGAUUUUAUUGGGAACUGUACAAGUCUUAAAAAACUAUUGAUUCAGGCUAGCGGUUUGACAGGGCCAAUUCCUUCUGGCAUUUCUCUUUUGACAAGCUUAACUGACUUGAUGUUGAGGAGUUGCAACCUUGUUGGACGCCUACCUCCAAAUCUUGGGCAAAUGGCUAAAUUGGAAACUUUAGACCUCAGCUUUAACAAGCUGACCGGAGAAAUUCCAAGCAGCUUUGCUAGUCUAGCAAAAGUGGAUUAUAUAUUCUUAACUGGAAACUUGCUGACUGGACCCGUGCCUACCUGGCCGAAAGACGUCGUCCAUGUUAAUGCCUACCUUUGCAGUGAUCUUUCAUAUAACAACCUCACCAUAGGGGAUGGAGGUUGUCUACCACCAGGCGGCAUGAACUUGUUUGCAAGCUCGUCAAAGGACAAUAGUUCAUAA